AUCGAUAAUCAAUAGUACGAUAUUUUCUGAAGUCAAACAUUGAAAGAUGGCGCCUGAUUCUGUUGUUGUUUUGAGCGUCUACGAAGAGGGAUUAGAUCAAAAUUAUGGUAAGCAUGUUUCCAAGAAUAUUGAUGGUAGCCAUCCCGCAUACCAACAUCCCGAUAAACCUGACAAAUUCGAUGAUCUUCCUCGCGAAUACGCCAGCUGCUUCAUUUGCCGAAUUAUUUUCCCGUGUGAUCAUUAGUGCGAGAAAGGAUGCAAUUCAGUUGAAAAUUCCCGAAGGAUUUCCUACUGAAUGUUUGAAAAAGUUCGAAUUUGAAGAUGUGGACUUGAGGAAUACCCAGGGCGAAGAUGGAUUGUCCCUUAAAAAUAUUUUUAGACUCUUUCGUGAUAACGAAGAAACUAUCAAAGGAGUAUUAAAUAUCUCUGACAAAUUAAAACAGAUGAUGCGCGACAUGAUCGAAUAUUUUGAAAACCAAAGCGACGAAUCUUCAUGGAAAUCCGAAAACCUCUUCCUUGAAGUCUGGCGCGCUUACGAACAAAAUGUUUCGUGUGUAUAUGGUGUUUUCAAAGACAAGUGAGUGUAAGUCUUUUGUUGAUAUCACCAGAAUAUCAUUUGUUUUCGCGCUCAAAUUCUGUUCUUACUUUUCUCGCAAUGAAGAAAAAAUAAGGUCAUCACGGUGACGUUCCGUGGAAGUCAGUUUGCACCCUGUACCGCAGUUGGGAUUACCAGGGACUGGAGAACGAACUUAACGAAUUGGCACAGAGCGAAUGCGACGCCUGAUUUGGCAAGAGAAAAGUUGAAAGGACAGUUGAAAAAUGGGGUAUUCGUUCACAAAGGGUUUUACAGUAAGUCACAGUUGUUGAAGAUUUUCUAAUACGGCACCGUACAAACAUCUUCAUUAUCCUGUGUUACAACAUACCUAAGAGAUGUAAUUUUUUGUACGAUUGCAGGCUAUCUCUUCGACAACAAAUUUCGACAGAACAAAAAGCAGACUUUCUUUCAAAUGAAAGAUGACGUUAAAUCUUUGAUCGAAGACGGAAAUCCGGAAAACUAUAUGAUUUACAUCACUGGGCAUAGGUCAGUAGAUAUACAUUGAAAUCAAAAAGUUUCGAACCGUUAAUGAUAAGCAACUCACUAUCGCCUUGCUUGUUUGCUUUUUUGAAAUUGGUCAUGUUGUCUGAUCGGUCAAAACGAAAGCCUUGGAGGUGCCCUUGCUUGUUUGUCGGCUUUCAAUCUUGCCGGUUGCAGCGAAAAAUGGAUUCCAAAGCCCGUCACAUGUGUUACUCUUGCUGCGCCCCGUGUAGGUACUAUGGGAUUCAGGAAGGCCUUUCAGGUGAGGUAUUGUAUCAAAAUAGUAGUGCAAUGGGAUUGUAUACGUUCUAACAUUUCUCAUCAUUCGAUUUUGUUCCAUUGAAUUAUAGCAACUUGAAAAAGACGGCUUCUUGCGUCACCUUAGAAUUACAUACAAUAAGGAUGUAGUGCCAGCUUUGCCUUCGUUCUCGUUCGGUCUGUUAGGUUUUUCUCUCAGAUUUUGGCACAUGUUUCCCAAACAGAUGAAGCAUGUUGGAAUAAACAUUUGUGCAAGAAAUGAUAGCAUCGAUCCACCAGUGCAUCCCGCUGGCUUAGGUUUCUGGUCUUCGGUAAAAAAUGCUGUAAGAAACUUCUCCCUAUUUAGACCCUUUUGGGCAGUAUCCCGUUAUCAUGACACAGGCGGGUACAUCAAACGGUUCAGGGACAACAAGGAAGCAUUAGAUAGUUUGUUCAUCGAUAAAAUGUAUCAAAAUCCAGAAAUUGUUGGACAAGACUUUCGAACUUACCACUACGUGGAGGAAAAGACGAACAAAGAGGCAAAUAAUUUAGAUACAAUUGAAGUCGCUUCGGCAUAAAUCGAAACCAAUAAUCUUCAUCCUCACGCAAACCCUGUACAAUCAUUGAUGCCCAGCACCAGCGUGUCUUGAUGGACAAUCCUGCAAGGAUCUGAACUAUUGACUUCAACAAUUAAUAUUGGUAUGAUCUGUCUUUGAUCCGUUUGGAUUUUUUACUGAAUUGCUCCAGAACAAAUAUGAUAGUAAUCAUUUGUUUGGAAGCCUCCUGGCUUAUCACCUAUAUCCCAUAAACAAAUGCUAGGUUU